CUCCCCACGCCCCCCUCCCCUGCUGCAGCCUUCCCCCCUCCUCCUGCUGCUCCCCGUCCCCUCCCUCUGUUUUUCUCUGCAAAGACUUUGGAGGCAGCUGUGUUUUAAGCCAUCGCCAUGUGAGGUGCGUCUCCGCGGGUGCACAUUCCUAACCGCAGAAAAUAACCCUCCCCCUCCAUCAUCAGCAAAUCCAGCCCCCACCCCACCCCCCUCCGCGUCCCACUCUGCCCCCGAGCCCCAGCGGGCUGGGGAGGCUGCAGCGAGAGAGGAAGGAUCGAAAGUUGCAGGCGAAGAAGGUAUAACUAUAGGUGUUUCUUACGGCAAAAAAGUUGAGCCACACAACAUCCAGUUGGAGAUAGUCAACUGCCUAAAGCAGCAAUUAGUUUGCCUAAAAAGAGUUGCCAGGGGCUGUAUGUUGGGUUUAUAUCAGCUGAGCUGCCAGAAAUUUGCCUCAUAAAGCUUUGGUGGUCCACAUCUUAAUGGAUUGCUGUAGCCUCUUAAUUUCUCCAAUCAUCCAGUUCCCAGCAUCGUGAGAAGAUUAGCCAGCACAGAAAAUAGAAAGAUUACAUGUCAAAAAACACAUGCUUCGUUGGACCAACAGGGAAAUCAAAUUUCCAAAGGUGACAACUCAACCAUUGGAACACCUGGGUGGUAGACAUUCAUAUCCCCUCUGUACUGUUACCAAGAGCAGCCCAGCUGAUCUCAACUGUCAUGAUAGUAGGGUGUGAACGGAAUGUCUGUGGAUGAGAAGACUGAAUCCCCCAUGUAUGUGUAUGAGUCAACAGUCCAUUGUACCAAUAUCCUCCUGUGCCUAAAUGACCAGCGGAAGCAGGAUAUUCUCUGUGAUGUGACUUUGAUUGUGGAGGGGAAAGAGUUUCGAGCCCACCGGGCUGUGCUGGCUGCUUGCAGUGAAUACUUCUUGCAGGCGCUGGUUGGGCAGACGGAAAAUGACCUGGUUGUCAGCCUGCCAGAGGAGGUCACUGCCAGAGGAUUUGGUCCAUUGUUACAGUUUGCCUACACUGCUAAGCUGUUACUCAGCAGAGAAAACAUCCAGGAGGUCAUCCACUGUGCUGAAUUCCUGCGCAUGCACAACCUGGAGGACUCCUGCUUCAGCUUCCUUCAGACUCAGCUGCUGAACAAUGAAGAUGGCCUGUUCCUGUGCAAAAAGGAUACCACCUGCCAGAGAAUGCACGAUGAAGAGAACUCUGAUGGAGAAGAGGAGGAAACUAUGGAAUCAGAGACUUCAAAGAUAUCCUGCCCAAGGGAAAGAAUGCAUCAGGAACCCUUUAACUUUGAAUCCACUAGUUCUGGAGCAGACAAGGAAGAAGGGAUGCUGCCUGACUCUGACAUGCUGAGAGAUAGCAAGGACAGUUUGGACAAAGACGCAGUAACACGGUACCCAAGAUAUAAGAAAUACCAGCUUGCUUGUACCAAGAAUGUCUACAACACAUCACACAUCAGUACCUCAGAUUUUGCAAGCACAUUCAGCGAAGAGAGUUCUGGCAAUGGCCUCAAAUCAGGACUUGCUGUGGGCCAGAUAAAAAGCGAGCCUCAGAAUGAGGAAAACGAUGAAGAAAGCAUCACGCUUUGCCUGUCUGGAGAUGAACCUGACAUCAGGGAUAAAGAAGGGGAUGUCGAAAUGGACAGGAAACAGCCAAGUCCCACUUGUAUUGACAGGUCUAAAAGUGUGUCCUCUCCUUCCUGCUUAAGGUCUUUCUUCAACAGAACAAAAAGCAUAGAUUUGGUUGGCUUCCCCAGUACUUCCCAACAGCACUUUGCCAGGAGUCCAGCAUGCCCUUUUGACAAAGGGACAACUCAGGGUGACCAGAAAACUGACUACAGCCCUUUCACAGGGAAUUAUGGACAGUCCCAUGCCAUUCAGAAGGAUACUUCCAACUUCACAAUGGGAUCGCCACUCAGAGGGCCUGGUUUUGAAGCACUCUGUAAACAGGAAGGUGAACUGGACAGGAGGAGUGUUAUAUUCUCUUCAAAUGCUUGUGACCAAGUAAACACUUCAGUGCAUUCAUAUUCUGGUGUGAGCAGCUUGGACAAAGACCUCACUGAGACUGUGCCAAAGGGUCUGUGGGCUGGAGGCAGCCAAUCCCUUCCUAGUUCACAGACCUAUUCCCACAGUGGACUGACAGCUGAUCACUUGCCAGGAAGGAUGCGGCCUAACACCAGCUGCCCGGUGCCAAUUAAAGUUUGCCCUCGCUCUCCUCCUUUGGAAACCAGAACCAGGACCUCUAGCUCAUGUUCCUCCUACUCAUAUGCAGAGGAUGGCAGUGUUGGUUCUCCCUGUAGCCUCCCUCUGUGUGAGUUUUCAUCUUCCCCCUGUUCCCAAGGAGCUCGAUUCCUGGCCCCUGAACAUCAGGAGCCAGGCAUGAUGGGAGAUGGAAUGUACAACCAAGUCAGACCCCAGAUUAAAUGUGAGCCAUCCUAUGGAACAAACUCCAGUGAUGAGUCUGGGUCGUUCUCAGAAGCAGACAGUGAAUCAUGUCCUGUGCAAGACAGAGGACAUGAGGUGAAGCUUCCUUUUCCUGUAGAUCAAAUCACAGAUCUUCCACGGAAUGAUUUCCAGAUGAUGAUAAAGAUGCACAAGUUAACCUCAGAACAGUUAGAGUUCAUCCAUGAUGUUCGCCGGCGCAGUAAGAACCGGAUUGCAGCUCAGCGCUGCCGCAAAAGAAAACUGGACUGUAUUCAGAACUUAGAAUGUGAAAUCCGCAAAUUGGUGUGUGAGAAAGAGAAAUUACUGUCUGAAAGGAACCAGCUGAAAGCAUGCAUGGGAGAAUUGUUAGAUAACUUCUCAUGUCUUUCCCAAGAAGUGUGUAGGGAUAUACAGAGCCCUGAACAGAUCCAAGCCCUGCACCGAUAUUGCCCUGUUCUCAGGCCUAUGGAUCUACCAACAGCCACCAAUAUCAACCCUUCACCAGCUGGAGUAGAGCAAAACCUAGUGACAUCCCAGUGUGUUGGGGAAGGCAUGCAGUGCUGCUCAGAGCAAGACUCUGUGCAACUAGGAGCUCACUGGCUACCUAACAACGUCUCAGAAAAUUGUACAGACGGAAGAGGGCUUGAUGGAGCUGCCCAAGGUACUUACUCAGAAAGAGAGCUCCCUCUAGAACAGAGUAGCCAAACAGUGACAGUAGACUUCUGUCAGGAAAUGACUGAUAAAUGUACAACAGAUGAGCAGCCUAGGAAAGAUUACACCUAGUGACUUGUAACCUUACAUUACACCUGGUCAGGUGUUCUUCAGUCAGCCAGUGGCAGUAUUCAUUUGUUGUCUAGAAGAACGUAUUUGGUGCACACUACAGUGGUCUUAGCAGCAAUACUGUUUUUAAGUAUUCCCUCCUCUCUACAAGCAGGAGUUACCGUCACAAUGGUGCUAUCCCUUGCUCAGGCAGGGAAUUAAACAGUGGCAACACUGUCUGUUUUUGUAUGUUAAUUUCAAUCUUAACAGGGAUGGACAUAACACCUCUGAGGACCCAACUGCAGCUUUUUUCUCAGUGACCCAUGUCACAAAACCCUAACUCAGGAAUUUCCUCUGAAUGUUCAAUUUUUCAUUGAAGACAGCUUCUUUACACAUCAAAGUUUUAUAGCUAAACUGUACAUAUUAUAUAUAAUAUAUAUAAAAUAUAUAUCUCCAUAUGCAAAAGUCCCUGCAUGCCUCAAUUUUUCUCAUCCUACAACUGGAAACUUUCAUUUAUAUUGUAUAAACAAGUUCCAACAUUCCUUUUUUGUCUUUAAUGCUAGAACUAGUUUGGUAACUUGUUACAUGAUUUUUUUUCUUGGUUCACAGUUCAGCAAUAUCAUUCAGUUUGUACUUAUUUAUAAAAUUUUAAUGUUGGAAGCUUAUCUGAGAUUUUUAUUAUAGCCAGGUUUUUGUUUUUGGCACAGCCAUUUUGUGCCAUUUGAGCAAUGUGGAUUUAUUUUAUUUUCUUGCAGAUACUGUACAGUAAUGGUCAACUUUGCCACUUGCACUGAGUUUCUGGUCAAACCUCUUUUCAUAAUGAAGUUGUGACUUCAGUAUAACUUGAGUAUACUGUAUUCUUUGCUUUAUAAUUGAAAUAAAAUUAUAAAGUUUUAGCUAAUAGAAAAAACACUCAGGAGAUGAUUAUGUAGGAAGAACAAUCUUGCCAAAUACUGAAUUCACCAUAUAAUAUGUAAAAGAAAAUCUGCUUGAAUAUUUUUAUAUUCUUUUUCUUUCCCAAACAAAGUUUAAAUGCUGUUAAUUAUGCUUUUGGACUAUAUGGUAAGAUGUAUUUUGCUCUUUAAUAAAAUAUAAAAAGUGGAUCAGUCAAGCAUAUGUUCAUAAAUUGGGGUCCAAGGUCCUCAAAGUCCAUUGAAGUAAAUGGAAACACACCCAUCAACUUGAAUGGGUUUUGGAUCAGACCCUGAAUCUGCACCCUUUGCCAGGCAAGUAGUUGCUACUCAGACGUGUAGUCCAGUGGUUCUCAACCUACUUACCAUUGUGGGCCACAUAUGCAGCUCUCUGUGUUAUGUGGGGCACAUACACACAAUAUAUAUACUACCUGUAUGGCCCUGAGGAUGUCACAUGGGCCACAGCUGUAUGCUGAUUGGGCCACAAGCAGGCCGCUGGUUGAGAACCACUGGUAUAGUCCCAUUGGUUCUGAUUUUGAUCUCCCACCAGUUUUACCCGGGUGUUACUCCAUUUACUUCAGUGGACUUAUUCUUGAUUCUCACUGAUGUGAGAUCAGAAUCAGGCCUAUUGAAAUCUGACUAGUCAUGUAGGUAAGAAUUGCAAGAUCAGGCCCAUAACUGAGACUUGCAGAUGUUUGCUUACAGAAGUCAAGUGAACGGUGUAUCCCCUAAGGAGCAAAACAUUACCUGAUUUGGUUGCUUAUCCUUUGAAGUGUUGUGUUAUAGAAUACUCUUAUUCUACAGCAUUGCCAUCAGCACAAGUCAGCUUCUAAAAGAGUGCUGUCUCACAGGAGACUGCUCAGAGAAUUGGCUUAGUUGUAACUGUAUUGAAUUUGUAUCUUAAGUGAUCCGGUGAAACAGGUAAUCAGUGAAUUGUGUUAGGAUAGCGUGGGACAGCAGCUUUCCGAGCAUAACAUCAAUGUACGGCAUAGACAGAAAAACGUCCUCCUAACAUUUUUAUUAUGAAUUAGUAGUAGUAGUAGUAUCAGUAUUAGUAUUAUUAUAAGUGUAUUGAAUUUUAUUUUGUGAUUCUUUGCUCUAUCUGCGCCAGGGUGUGUGGCUAGUACUGAGGCUUUAUCCUGGACAACACCACCCAUGCUCUAUACAAGUUGACAUUGUUCACUCUUGCUGCAAAAUUGACCAGCUGGGCACACCUGUUUGAAAAAGCAGCUUUUCACAAGCACUAAGUGACAAUAGGUUCUGUUGUGCUAAUGUUUACACUACGGGUGUGUCCUGGUGCUCUUUUGAGGCACUCAGUAAAUCAGCAUCUUUUCCUGGAGGAGGAAUCAGCUCCCUCUCUCCUCUAUUUUUGUGUUUUGAGAUUGUGCUCAUGGGCCGUCAUGGACUUGCCAGUCUUGCUUCUGCUCUCUUCUCCCAAACGACGGUAGCCUAGCUACAGAGGAGGAAAUGCAUAUAGCAUGUGCCAUGUUUGUUGAAAAAUGUUUUUUCUGCAUGUACAAAGAAAUUAGUAUAUAAUGUAGGAUAUGUGAUUUUUUUUAAAAAAAUCAUAAUUUAUGUUUAAGUAUUAAUCGUUUCUGUGCAAAUUCCUUAUCUUUAAAUGUUCAGAGAUGUCCAAAUGCCACAAAUUCCUAAUUCACACAGUUGAAGAAGGCGGGGAAGAGGGGGAAGUCAUCCUUUCUUUUAAAAGAUAGAGAUCUAAGUAUAUUGGAACACUUCCCUCCCCCAGCCAUUUUGUGCAGGAAACUGAGCUAGAAGCUCUUUCUGGGGAAUUUGAUUUUCCUUUGAAUUCAUUGACAUUGCAGAACAACUCUGUGUGUUGCAGAGAUGUCUUGUUUCUGUGAGACCAUAGUGAAAGCUAGAGUUUAAAUGUGAAUCACAUUAUAGCAUCAGAGCUAUUUUUUUUGUCAACUGACAGUAUUUUAAAGACUUUUCUGUUGCCUUUUUUUUUUAUUUUUAAGUCACCACCUCUAUAGAUAGAUACAAUGUUUUAUGAGUAUAAAACAAAGUUUGAACUAGCUUCCUGACAUGAAGAUUUACCCUGCUAACGACUCAUGUGCAACUGGUACUCUUGACCUCAUUCCAACGGUUAAAAACAAACAAACAAAAAAGCCACCCACAGAACAUGUGCUGCAGCUCUUGGGAUCGACCCGGCUCACUCUGGUGCUGGGCCUCCUGAUUUUCUUUUUCAUGGGAACUGAUAUUUAAAACCACUGCUCAAAUAAGUCUCUCUCUCUCUCUCACUUUUCAUGAUGUUUGAUUUCAUUCUUCGCCAUUAGAAGUGUCAUUGCUUCCUUGACCUAUAUUUACAUGUAUAUGUUUUUGCUCUUCUGAACCAUGUGGCUCUCAAAACUGUUAUUGGGUUAACUUUAAAGGGAAACAACUAGGAGAAUUAGCUUCAGAACUGGACACGAGUUGAAAUAAACCAUCUGUAGUGAGAUAUUAAAACAGUUGACCAAAAAUUCAAUUUUAAAAAAAAGUUAACUACAAUAUUUAGCAAAUUAAAAGGGUUGGCCAACCAAAAUGUAUCUUUUUAAAUAAGGAUCAUGCAGUUAUUCAUAAAAAAAGCUGCAGUUUCUGGUCUCUAAUGUAUUGACCAGCUGGGCAAAAUUGAAAUUUUGUGCUAGAUAGGGCCAGGUUAUCAUAUUGAAUGCUGCACCAAUAUAGCAUGAGUGUGAAUUCUUGAGCAUCUAGCUUUGUCCAGUCUACAUCUAGUUCUCCUUUUUAUUUACCUUUGCUAUACUUGUAUUGCCAGAAAACCUCAUUUCAUUUAGGCUUAUUAUACUUGUGUCAAAUGAGUACUACACUAUAUAAUGUAUUUGUUUCUCUGCGUUAUCUGGAGGUGCCUUGGAAGUAUUUAAAGUUCAUUAAAAGCUGAUUCUGGAACAAAGAGGUAGCGGGGAAAAAAGUCAGCCAUGUUAUCAGGACAUCUCAGUAUUUAUAUCACCGACUUCCUAACAUAUGAUGACUCAGGCGUCAGAGUUUGAUGCUGCAGUAUAAAACUAUUAUUUUAUAUAUUGUAUGCGUAAUUUAUUAUAUGUCUUUCUAAGGAUAUAUGCUGCUUUUAAGAUGCACUAUAUUUUUGGAUCUAAUCCUUGUAUUUUCCCCCCCCCAGGAAGUAAAAAAUGUUGCGUUGCAAAGGCAAACCACAGUGAUUAGUACGCCAACUGCUACCUCUCUUUAAAAGGGAGAGUGGGAACUAGAUAAAAGUAACUUUGUCAAUAAA